AAACGAUUUGUUAAUGUAAUCUUAUAAAAUCAUUUUAAUUAGGUUAUUUCAACAAUAUUCACAAAAAAUCAAAUAACAGCUGUAAUUUAAUAAAUUGAUUUAUUACAAGUGGAUUCAAUAAUUUUAAUUGCUGGUACAAUUCAAAAGUUUUCAUAAAACUACGAUGAAAAAAACUGAACUAAUGGAAAAAGGAAACGUUUAUAGGAUUCAGAAAAGGUGUGAUAAAAGGAAACCACCGAAACUACCAUCAUAUGCUACUCCCGUUCACAAACCGAUAAAAUGUCAAAGUGGAAGUGUAAAGAGGCAAGGUCUUAUCGAGUGCACUCCAGUGAGGAUACUCACCCUCCAUGCCAACAGGUCCUUGUCUUUGCAGGACCUGUCGCCUGGAUUAGAGCAAGGCAUGGCGAUCAGGAGAUCCUAUAUCUGCCAAGAAGAUGUUCCAGAAACGCAAGGUCUACCUAUGAUUGCAUGUCAAUCUGACGACAGGACGAAGCUGCUUGCUUUCUUUGUGUAUGGCAGGCUCCUGAAGAAGGUAUGGAUAAGGAGGAAAGAAUCCUCAGAACGUCUGGAAAUUCUGCUCGAUUCCAGUAAUAAUCAAACAAAGAGAUUGAAGACACAAGUUGAGACUCUGAAAUCACUCUUGUCAUCGGAUGAACAGAUAAUUUCCAGUUGUUUCAGAGAAGUGCAGACACUCAAGGGGGUUCUCACUGAUCUCGAAACGAAGCAUAAUUUCGUUCUUGAGGAAAACGAUGAACUGGAGAUGAGGUGUCAAAAACUAAGAGAUGACCUCCUCAGAACAGAAGCAGAAGCCCAUAACAACAAGAACAGUUUGAUCCUUGUCAGAUCCGAGAUUGAUAGCCUGGAAGGACAGCUUCUGAAGGAGAAGGAAAAGUCUGCGAAAUUAAAGAAGGAAAAUAAGUCACUUUCAGGAAAGAUCGAAAACCUGACAAACAAUCUGAAAGGAAAAUGUGUGGCUCUAGAAAAUGCAGACCAGAAGAUUCUAGGAUUACAGGAUCAGUUAAAAUCAAAGAAUUUACUCAUUGAGGAGUCCCUUGUCAAAGUUGAGGGAAGCGAAAGGGCUCUUGAAAGCGCUGAAAAACAGUUGGAAAUUGUGCAUGCCAGGCUCAAAGAAGAAAAAUACGCUUACCAAGUCAUGAUCCAAGAAGCAGUUACUAAAUCGAUGAACCUGGAAGCUCAACUUGCCUUAUUAAAGACACCACCUUUAAAGACGAAGAUCAUCAUGCUGACUGAGUGGUUGAUUAACAUACCAUUGGCCCUGGCUACUUGGUAGCGAUCUCUACAUGUUUAAUAGUGAUAGCAAGAACUUAGGCGACAGCUAGUAAUUUAUUCCUAGAUGUAUCUUAAGUAAAUAAACGGAGUGACCUAUUUU